UAAUAAUAUACUGAAAAAAAACAAAAUCUCAAAUGUUGGCGAUGAGUGGCGCAGGAGCCGCUGCAUUCUGCUAAACUUGUUAAACGUGGUUGUACAGUUUUUGAAGAAAAAAAAAAGCAGAAGUGCCGAUAUCAUCGCGGAUGUGGGUUAGAUCUUUUAACAACUAACUGAUCUUGUUUAGCGGCGUGUCACAAGCCCGGCCUGCAGCAGCAAUGAACCCGGAGGAGCAGACGGUCACUUGGCUCAUAUCCUUAGGGGUUUUGAAUUCACCGAAAAAAAUCAUUGCAGACGCAGAGGAGUUCUUGAAAUCGUGCUUGAAAGAUGGAGUGGUGCUCUGCAAACUCAUGGAGCGGCUUGUGCCGGAGUCUGUACAAAAGUUCUGUCAGGAACCGAAAAGCGAGGCAGACUGUCUGACCAACAUACGAGAGUUCCUCAAAGGCUGUUCAGCGUUAAAAAUUGAGGGGUUUGAAGCAGAACACCUGUAUGCAGGGGAGAACUUCAGCAAGGUGCUCAAUACGCUUCUGGCUGUCAACAUUGCCACACAGGAUCGAAUAGUAGAAAGAUCAUGUCAACGCUCCAACUCGCAAAGUCAUAGCCAACCUGCCUGCUCCCAGAGUGCAUUGUCUUCCAGAGCCACCAAGUCUUUGCGCAGACAAUCAAGAAACGGGGAAAUGACGGAGAACGGGGCUCAGCAGCAGCAGCAGCAGCAGCAGGCGGUGGUGAAGGCCCGGUUUAACUUCAAGCAGAAUAACGAGGACGAGCUUUCCUUCUCCAAGGGCGAUGUGAUCUGUGUGACGCGCAUGGAGGAUGGCGGCUGGUGGGAGGGCAACCUGAACGGAAGAACGGGCUGGUUCCCCAGUAACUACGUCAGAGAGAUCAAAUCAUCAGAUAAACCUGUGUCUCCCAAGGCUCUGAAGGGAUUCGACACACCUCAGCUUACAAAGAAUUAUUACAAUGUGGUAGUGCAGGAUAUCCUUGAAAAUGAACGCGAGUAUUCGAAAGAGCUUCAAACUCUGCUCACCAGCUACCUGAGGCCCCUGCAGUCCAGUGAGAAGUUGGCUACAGCAGAUGGUACUUGUUUAAUGGGGAACUUGGAAGAAAUUUUCACUUUUCAGCAGAGUAUUUGUCAAACUUUGGAAGAAUGUACAAAGCUCUCGGAAGCUCAGCAGAGGAUAGGUGGCUGUUUGCUGAACCUGAUGCCUCAGAUAAAGUGCCUGUACCUGACAUACUGCUCGAACCACCCCUCUGCAGUCUGUGUGCUCACUGAUCACAGUGAGGAGUUGGAUAAGUUUAUGGAGAGCCAGGGUGCUAGCAGCCCCGGGAUCCUCACCCUGACCACCAGUCUGAGCAAGCCUUUCAUGAGACUGGACAGGUACCCCACCCUGCUGCAGGAGCUGGAGAGACACGUUGAGGAGUCACAUCCUGACUACAGUGAUAUCCUGAAAGCAAUAGCAGCGUUCAAAAAUCUUGUGACGCAAUGCCAGGAUCUCCGCAAACGAAAAAAUCUGGAGCUCCAGAUCCUAUCGGAGCCGAUCCAAGGCUGGGAAGGAGAGAACAUGAGGUCCUUGGGCACCGUCCUGUACAUGUCGCAGGUCAUGGUGCAGAGCGGGGCAAGCGAGGAUAAAGAGGAGCGAUACUUCAUGCUGUUUCCCACUGUUCUUCUGAUGCUCUCCGCCAGCCCGCGCAUGAGUGGGUUCAUAUACCAGGGAAAAUUGCCGUUAACAGGGAUGACUGUGACCAAACAGACUGACGACAGCGAGACAAAUCAAUAUGCCUUUGAAAUCACAGGGAACAUGAUUGAGCGCAUCACCGUGUGCUGCUGUAACCAGCAGGAGCUGCAGGAGUGGGUGGAGCACUUGCACACUCUCACCAGAGGGGGCAGUCCAGGAGGAACAAUAUUAAAGAAUGUGGAAGGGAGGGCCAGCUCUGCUGUCAGCAUUCCCUCCCACCAGACCUUCUCUCAGGUGUUCAGCGCCUCUAGCCGAUGCCCCCUGGAGCCCCCAAAGAUGGCCAAGCCCUGGUCCCUGAGCUGCCUGCGACCGGCACCUCCGCUCAAGCCCUCCGCCGCGCUGGGAUACAAGGAGAGGAUGUCUUAUAUCCUGAAGGACUCCAGUAAAAGCCCCAGGACAAUGAAAAAGUUUCUUCCCAAGAGAAAAACAGAAAGAAAGACAUCUUCUGAUGAUGAAUUUCUGCUCAGGAAAAGUACUGCAGCUCUUGAGGAAGAUGCCCAGAUUCUGAAGGUCAUUGAAGCCUACUGCACUGGAGCCAGCUUUCACCACACCAUCAGCUCCACUUCUCGAAAAGAGCCUGUUCCACAGGUGCUACUGCCUGAAGAGGAAAAGAUCAUUGUUGAGGAAACCAAGAGCAAUGGGCAGACUGUCAUAGAGGAAAAGAGUCUUGUUGAUGCUGUUUAUGCUUUAAAGGACGAGGUACAUGAAUUAAAGAAGGAAAAUAAAAGAAUGAAACAGUGCUUGGAGGAAGAGCAGAAGUCUCGUAAGGAGUUGGAGAAAGUUGUGAGGAAAAUGAUGAAGCAGAAGAACGACUGCACCUGGGAGGACACCAGCCAUUAACUCCACUGUCCACGCGGUGUUGUGCCUGUGUGUGCGUCUCUGUCUGUCUGUGUUUGCUCGAUUCCUUGAAAGCUGCUGGCAGUUUCAGCGGAUUAACGUUUUCAAAAUGGGAAUUACUGGGAAGUGAAACUGGAUCGAAGUACCACUUUCUGACAUUCCCUGUGCUCUGCAUUGGAAAUUGUGUUUUUGUUUUUACCCUUUUUUUCAGUUGGGGA